AGACUCGAACCGCAGAAGAACCGCUAAGAUGGAGCAGACCGAGGUAAUCAAGCCAGAAACCCUGGAUGAUCUGAUUAAAACUUUGCACAAGAUUUUUGAAAGUGACUCUGUGAAUGUGGAGGAAGUGCAGAGCAUCAUGGAAGCGUAUGAGAGUAACCCUCAGGAGUGGAUGAAAUUCGCCAAAUUCGACCAGUACAGGUACACCAGGAAUCUGGUGGAUGAGGGAAACGGAAAGUUCAACCUGAUGAUCCUGUGCUGGGGUGAAGGACACGGCAGCAGUAUCCACGAUCACACAGACGCACACUGCUUUAUGAAGCUCCUGCAGGGUCAGCUGAAGGAGACGCUGUUCGAGUGGCCGGAUCGCAAGCUUCCGGCCGGGAUGGUGCAGAAAUCCCAGCGGGUCCUGCUGGAGAACCAGUGCGCUUACAUCAACGACUCCAUCGGGCUUCACCGCGUGGAGAACGUGAGUCACACUGAGAGCGCGGUCAGUCUUCACCUCUAUAGUCCCCCGUUCCAGACCUGCCAGACCUUCGACCAGCGCACCGGACACCGCAACGGCGUCAGGAUGACCUUCUGGAGCCGAUACGGGGAGAGGACACCGCAUGAAACAACCGUUUCACAGGAAAACAACUGAGACGGCGAGAACGGCGAUGGAACUCACGGCCAAAUUUCCACAUAAAUGAUGUUUAAAACUUGAUCCAACACUUUUUAAGAUUGGCAAAGGACAGUGGGAAGAGAAGAGGAUCUCGGUGGUGAUUGAAGUUGCUUAAUCGUGGCCUAGUUUACAGCUGGCUAGCGCUGCUGAAUGAGCCCCGCGUCAAUCCGCUCUUUGUUGGAGGAGAAGCCAUUCUCCCAGCAUUCCUGUGUGUCUGUGACCUGUGUAAUCGCUCUUUGUGCUGUUACGGGACGAGAGCUGUUUGUUGGAAGUCUGUAAUUUAUGAGAAGAAACUAUUUGUCUUUCCCUUUGUCACUCUGAAAGCGCUGUCCUGAAACGCUCUGAAACGCAGCACUUGCUCUCCAUCGAUCGGUGUGUGUGUGUGUGUGUGUGUGUGUGUGUUGAUAAUCACAGGCCUGCAAUCUCCACAUGCUUUUUUAUUCGCUUUCCAGAUGAACGUUUGCAUGGAAGAGUUUAUUUUUAUGAAUCUUGCUGUCAGUAAUUGAUCUCUAUAGUCUCUGCAUUUGCAAAACUGGAGCUUUUAUUUAAAAUGGACCUGAAUCUUAUCUGGAAAUGACUUUUUUGUCUUAAGUAAAUAAAAAAAACAUUUAGCCACA